AUACAUAAGAGUCACAUGAUGUCUAAGCAAAGUAAAUGGCCUAGAAAUGAAGAAAUGGAAGCCAAAAAAGAAUUAGGAAAAGAAAAUCGGAUAAUAUCCAGACAACAAGUUCUGGGAAUGAAGAUAGCGUCUCGUGAUAAUUAUGUAGAUGCAAUGUAUGAGGAAGUUUCUAAGGAUUUGAGAAAUGUGCUCGUGAGGGAUCUCUUGUGGAGAAUCAACAGUAUUGCAUUUCGAAAGUUAGAGAGAUGGAUGAAAUAUAAGAGACUCAGGAUUGUUGAGACUGGAAUCCCUCGCAUAAAUGCAUUCAGUCCAUUCGAAAUUAAGGAAACAUUGAGAUUGAAAGAUUCAUUAAAUGAAACAGUCCGACCAGUAACAGAGCAGACAAGAGCUGAGAUUUUGUCAGCAUUGAGACCUGAUGCUGCGACGGUUUUGGGUAGCGGGCAUUUUUUCAAAGAUUUUCGUAUUGUGCGGAAUGUACCACCUUUCGAAAAAGUUUGUUCUUUCAUCUUCUUAAGAUCAGGUAUAUAAAU